UUUUUAUUGUUAUUGUGGGGGUUGGCAGUACUGCGUGUCAUUUUGAGGUAUAUGGGAGGAAAUGAUGUUUAAUCUUUAAUAUUUAAUUUGUUAUGUUAUAUGAAGAAGAUUUACAGUGUUUUAAUAGUUUAGAAUUGUUAAGAAAAUGCAUUUUUCCAUACCGGAUACUCAAGAAUUAAACGAAGGAAAUGGGUCAACUUUUAUUGGUUACAAUGUACAUAUAAACGGUGUGUUUCAUUGUACUGUGAGGUACAAGCAGUUGCACAAUUUAAAUGAACAGCUUAAAAAGGAGUUUGGAUGUGAGUUGGUUCCACCUUUCCCUCCCAAAAAAUUAUUACCUCUCACUGGCAACCAACUGGAAGAAAGAAGAUGUUUACUGGAAAAAUACAUACAAUUAGUGGGUCAAGAUUCCAGACUGGUGUCAUCAGAACUAACAAUAGGAUUUUUACUGUCCGCCCAACAAGAAACAACAUGCGAAAAAAUACAGGAAAUCAAUUUAGAUGUAUAUACAAUGAACAAUUAUCAAAUACCUUUAAGAGUGUCGACAUUUGACAGGACUGAACAAGUUUUAAUAAAGGCUUUUAAGCACAUAAAUUUGCCGUUAGAAUUUUUACAAUAUUUCUCUCUGUUUCUCAUCAAGAGAGAUAACAAUGGGGAUUUUGUUAUUUUGCGGAAACUGCUCGACUUCGAGUCGCCAUACAUGUCACAAAAGUCUCUUAGGGAAGCAAAUAAAAUAGUUAUAAGGAAAAGUUAUUGGGAUAUAAGCUACGAUUUGAGUUUAAUGAACGAUCCUAUAGCCUUAAACUUACUGUACGUGCAAACUGUGACAGACAUCGAGCGCGGCUGGAUUCUAAGCACCCGCGAAGUCAAGUCGCAGCUGACAAAUUUACAAGUGCGGCUGGCAAAACGCGAGUACUUGGAUCUAGCCAGAACGUUGAAGUACUACGGGUUCAUACAGUUUGCCCCGUGUUACUGUGAUUACCCGAAACCGUUAACCAAAGUAUUAAUUGCAAUAGGCGACCAAGUAUUGAGUAUGAGGAUAAUUGGGCCCGGGCAGCUCGUCAAAGAAGGAUGCUUCGAGGUGACGAGAAUGAGGUGUUGGAGAAUCACUGCCACGCAUAAUAAGCAAGCGAUUGCGGCAAACAGUCGAACAAAUAGCAAUAGCAACGGUGUGGAAUUGUCAUUCGAGUAUCUGAUGGCGAAAGACACCUUGCAACUGAUAACAAUAACCAGCGAUCAGGCCAUAUUAAUGUCGGUAUGUCUGCAGUCCCUAGUGGACGAGUUGCUGAUGAAGAAAAAAGGCCUGAGGAAAAAACAAAAAUAUUAUUCCAAAGGCGGUAAUUGCUCCUACAUGAAACGAGACGGGUCCAGUCAUUUGAUAGUGUUCGAUAGUAACGACGUCAACAGUGGUCCUGCCGAGGAGACGGAAACGUCGAAGCUGCCGGAGUUGUUUUCGAUAAAAAAGCUGCAAGAGAAAUUCUCGAGCGUGUCGUUUAAAACCGGCAGGGAGUUUAUUGAAAAUCACGCGUUCGAAGGUAUCGGUGAUGACGAUUUAUAAUAAAGUGAUAAACAAUGGGUUUUAAUUUGCUUUUGGCAAUUUGAAGUGCUAAAAUGUGGAUUUUGAUUUAAGGUGCUAAAACUUGUCCAAAUCAAUUACUUGCCAUUUAAUUCUAAAUAAUUUGGCAAUUAAAUAAAUUUUAUGAGGUGCAACCUCGACAGUCCAUUUUAUGUGCCAAAAACAUGCUAAUAAGAAAAAACUAUUUUAAUAAAGUCGCCAAUAUAUUUAUGUACGAUAUACAUCUACUUCAUGAGUAAUUGAUUAAUUUUUAAAGUCAUCACAACACAUUUUCCUUUUCAAUGAGCUCAAAUUCGAAUCUCUUUUAUUUGAGUACCUGAGUAAACAAAUUUGCUCACUUGGCAUCUUCGUUUUUAACGGUGUGCAAGUUUUUAUAUUUUUAUACAUAUUUAUAUCGGAAUUAUUCUGAUUAAUCUAUGUUUAGCAAUCUAGUGAUUUUUGUCAAAGAAUUAAACUUUAAAUGCUUUUUAUUUUAUAUUUUGUAUAUUGUCUUACAUUCCGUAGGGAUUUUUUAACAUAUUACUCCAUUAUUUUAUAUUUUUAUAACUAAAAUUGUAUUUUAACUAUGAUGUUGUGCUGUAUGUAAUUAUUAUAAACAAAUUUUAAUAAAAAAUGACAAUAAACCCC